AUGCCUGCGAAGAACCACCGAUGGGAGUCCUUCAGCACCAAGAUUGGCAAGCUGCACAGUCUUGAUCCCCUCCGAAAAGUGCGACGACACGACCUCGAAACCGAAGACCUCGAGAGCACCACAUCCUACUUUCGCACCGGCAUCGAGCGAUGGAAUGAACUCAACAUUGCCAAGGACUUCAUCUCUUUCAAGCGAGAGACUCUGUCCCUAACAGAAACACUUGCCUCGAUCCUGCAUCACGAGGACAGGAUCUUUGCUUCGCUGUCCCACUACAUUUCCAACCAGGAGAAGGAGUCCUUAGAGCCUCUUCUGGACCUCCUCACGGCAUUCGCACACGACCUCGGAACCCGCUUCGAGAAGUACUAUGCCCGAUCGCUAGACCUCAUCGUUGCCAUUGCCGGCAAGCCACAGCCUGUGGAGGUUGUCGAAUUCACAUUCGCUGCCCUCGCAUUCCUCUUCAAGUACCUUUCACGCUUAAUCGUCCCUGACAUCCGACCUACCUACAACGUUCUUGCACCCCUCUUCGGCAAGACCCGACACCCGCCCUACAUCGCCCGGUUCGCCGCCGAGGCCACCAGCUUCCUCAUCAAGAAGGCCGCGGCGCCCGCAAAUCGAGAGACGGCCCUGGUCGACAUUAUUCAACAUGCUCGAGACGAUCUGCUCAGCAUGUCGGGUGACAGGCAAUUUCAGUUGUAUCAAGACGGCAUCAUGACCAUGUUUGCCGAGGCCAUCAAGGGCACCGGCCAGACCAUGCACUCGACUGGUCCCAUCAUCUUCAAGGCCCUCCUCCGUGCUGUGCCCGAGUAUGAGCUCAACCUGGCGCAAAACACACCCUGGAACGACGUCAUCUGUGGCGUUCUCACCAGUGUAAUUCAUCACACAAACCCCGACAAGUUCCCACCCAUGCUCGAGGCCAUCCAGGGCGAGGCGGAAUACGCGCUGGAGCAAAAGGUACAGGACCAGCCCUGGAGGUUCGUGCCACUGAUCAGGGUCAUCGCAACCGCCGCGGGCGUCCGCAGUGGAGAGCGAGUCAACAACUGGUCAACACUCGUGCGAACUCUUGUCACAAUGCUCGACCUUACUGCCAAGCGUGGGCCCGAGAUUUCGCCUGCUGACAGUAGUCUUGUGUGGAAGCACGUGGUCGCCAAUGCUGCCGUGGUCUGGCACGCCGCUCCCAUGGAUGCCCUCUUCUCGCAGAUUAACGAUUUCAUGAACGCCAUGCAGAGGGACCCCUUGAUGCGGUGGUUCAUCCCAUUCUGCGCCUACUUUUCGGAGCUGGAUCCUCAGCGCUUCCGCAGCUUGUUCCGCGAUCCCUUCAAGAAGUUCAUCAACAGCCACUGGUCUGAUGGGCACAAUGACGACGAGCUGUGUAUUUUCCUGCCGAAGAUGGUCAAGGCGCACAGCUUGCCGGCCCCUGGCGACAAGGAAACACUCAUGCUGCCCCAGACAUGGGAGGGCCAGAUUGUGGAAAAGUUCGAGCGUCUGGAGGCCUCGCCCUUUCCUGAACGUGGAACUUAUGACAAGGACCCGCAGACGUGGAGAGACAGGUGUCUACCGAAAUACUCGAUACUGUUGGAUCUUCUUGACAGCACCACUGUCCGCCCUUUCGCCACGGCUAAGCUAGCCGAUCUGCUCCUCCGAAAGCUUAAGCUCGCGCUGAGGCCUACAUCAACUCUGGCGUCCGACGAAGUCCACUUCAGUGUCAGCCAGGGUUUCCUCGCGUACCUUCGCAUGUGUCAGGUUGCUGGUCCCGUGGAUCCUGGCCUAAAACCUCUGCUUCGAGCAGCGCUGCCAAGGUUUAGCAAAUCCAUCGGGUUCCUCGAGGCCUAUCUUGCCUACCAGCAAGCUACCAAAGACCAGCCGUCGACCGAGCGCCGAGACAGCAGCAGCAGCAGUGAGGGCUCGGGAACAGAAACGAACCCGGUCGUGAAAGCGCUUAUCGAGAACCUGUCAUCGCCAUCUCAUGACCUACGACUCGCCACCUUGAGGAUCCUCGGGCAGCUCGAUUCGACUCCCGAUGAGCUCUGCUGCCUGGAGGUCAUGACCGACAUUGAAAGCUCCCCCCUUGAGCUAGCGACCCUCCGAAAUCUCGCCAUGUACAUCCGUAAACUCGGGCAGACCUAUGCCUCACUUACUGAGGGCUCGUGGCUCCGCCAAGCUAUCCCAUCCUUCAUGUUUGGCAUGAUGACUCUCAAGCUCACACCGCUCUGGAACGAUGCGACAUACGCCAUGAAGCAGAUUGGGGAGACCAAGGAAGGCGAAGAGGCACUCCUUGCUCUUGCCCUUGACUGGCUUGACGUGCCUUCUACAAGAGGUUCCGGUCCAGGUGGCCCUCCCGCAGCCCAUCGUCGCGCCGCGCUCACCGACUUUGACUGUACCAACCUGCAGCAUCUUGUAAGCCAAGCCGACGAGAUUCACCAGACAGCGGAAAAUGCCCUUGAUCUCAUGCUGGAGUCCUUUGAUAAGCAACAACAAGCUGUCGACACGCGCCCGACAAAUGCCCGUUCUCAGGCGCUGAAAGUCCUUGCCGCCAUGCCUGCCCUUGCUGAGAAGCGCUCUCGCAAGCUGGUGCCGUACUUCCUGUCGUGGGCCGCGGAGCCCGAAGUCUCCAGCGACAAUCAGGCCUCUUCCGAAGAUGAGGACAAAGAGCAUGCCUCCGGUGCCGAAACCUGGUCUUUCUACGACCGCAAGGGCAUGCUCGGCGUUUUCGAUCAGUUCAUCAACCCGCGGUCCCUUUAUGAGAGCGAGAAGGUGUACCGGGCUCUGCUUCACCUGAUGGAGAACGGUGAUAUUGAGGUGCAAAAGUCAGCUCUCAAGGCGAUUCUUGCAUGGAAGCAAGCAGGUGUCCGCGCCUACCAGGAGAACCUCGAGUACCUAUUGGACGAGGCAAGAUUCAAGAACGAGUUGACUGUUCUCAUGCAAGGCGAGCAGUCGAUCAAGCCUGAGCAUCGGGCUGAGUUGAUGCCCGUUCUAUUGAGGCUGCUUUACGGCAGGACAAUUUCCAAGAAGGGCGCCGCAAGUGGUCGGCACGGCCUCCAGGCUACACGUCUCGCCGUGUUGAGAAACCUGUCCCCUGAAGAUUUGGGUGGGUUCUUGAACAUUGCCGUCGGCAAGUUGAAGGGAGUUUCUGUCGUCGAUGAGUCUGGUAUCCGUGAUAAUGUCCUCGAUGGAGAGAUCAUGCCACCGCGGAAGCAAGUCGGUUUCCUCAACAUGAUGCUCCCCCUCAUCAACGAACUCGGAACUGAUGUUGAGCCCUACAUCGAAACGAUUCUUAACGCCGUUCUCUACUGCCUCAUCAAUGCCUGCCGCAAGCUGCAUGACUUGGCUGCCGAGGUUGAGACCGAAUCGGAUGAGGAAGACAAGGAGGCCACGCACGAGUCGCUCCUCAAGGUUGUUCGCACUACCGGCCUCAAGUGCCUCAUCUCCCUCUUCCGCAAUGCGCCCGAAUAUUCUUGGGAUCGUUACUCCGAACCCAUUGUUGCCGAGAUCGUUACACCCAGAGUCGCGAAUCUUCCGCUCGAGAACACUCAAGGUGUUUCUGGACUUCUGCAACUUCUCUCCAUCUGGUCUCAGCUUCCCAAGUCAGCUCUCUUCCUCGAAAUCAACAAGGACAUCCUGCCCAAGAUCAUCGAGUGCGUCUCGGUUGCAAAAAGCAAAGACGAGGUCAAGGUCUUCUGCCUGGGCAUUGUCCGUAACCUCAUCAAGCUUUCCAAAGCCUCGCCCACCGAGUCGGAAUUCAACGAGCUCAUCUACGCAGAACUGCUCAGCCCCAAUGUUGACUUCCUGCUGAAUCACAUUACUGUUGCUUUGAAAGCGGAGACAACCGGUGGUGCUCUCCUGGACGCAUGCCUCGAAACUGUCGUUGAAAUUUCGCCUCUCGUGGAAACAUCGGAGAACGUCCACGAGGUCUUGCAGAUCUCAAUUUUCCUCCUCAACCAGCCCGCCAGAAAGGUCAACCCUCGAGCCAAGGGUCAAAUUCUGCUCAUCUUGGAGCAAUUCGUGACGCUGCACGAAGCCAACGGUGUCGAUCUCGGACCCACAAGCGCCCUCUUCACGACCAUCUUUGAGACUGUGUCUGCGCUGUUCAGCUACUUCAAAGACAAGGAAAAUAGGGAAUCCCUGUGCCGACUCCUCAUUAUCUUGUCCAAACAGGACACCGCCCUCGAUCAGGUUGCUGGCAUUUGCAGUGCCAUCAACGCCUUUGUGCCUGAGCGAAUCGAGGAGCCCGAUUACGACCAGCGCCUGCAGGGCUUCAACCAAGUGUCUGGCAAGACCGCCGCAUUCAACGCCAGGCAAUGGCUUCCUCUGCUUCACAACCUCGUUUACUUCAUUCGUGAAGACGAAGAAUUCGGCAUCUUGACUUCCAACUCGGCCGAUGGACUACGUACCUUCAUCCAGGAAGUGGCUUCAACAGAAGAUGUCGUGCUGAGGGAGGCUUUCUAUUCUCACAUGUCCAAGAUCGUUCUGCCAGCACUGUACUCUGGCGCCCGCGAGUCUUCUUCGACUGUCAGGCGAGAGACUCUGCGUGUCUUUGGCUUCCUUGUUUCACAGAUGCCGACUUGGGAGUCAGUUGCUGACCUCAAGGGUCUUCUGAACGAGGACGACGAGGAGCCUUCCGAGCCAGCUUUCUUCUUCAAUAUCCUGAGUCCCGCCACAUCGCGACAGAUGGAGGCUCUCGAGAUCCUAGUCGCUGCUAACGAAGUCCACGAGUUCAGCAGUCCAAAUCUUUACCAUUUCUUCAUCCCGAUUCUGGAGCACUUCAUCUUUGGUCGAGCCGAAGGUGCCGAUGAUCACGGCCUCGGAGCCCAGGCUUCACUCACAAUCGGCACUCUCGUCGCAUCUCUCGACUGGAAGCACUACCGCGUUGUGCUGCAGCGGUACAUCGGCUUUGUUGAAUCGAAGCCCGAGCAGCAGAAACACAUCAUCCGUCUCCUCGCCAAGGUUGCUGAUGCUCUUAGCAAAACGGCUCAGAAGCGUCUUGCUCUCACUAUGCCUCGCGAGAACCUUGCCAAGGAUUUGACCAACAACUUCCUGCCGUCUCUGAUCAAGUACCUUCACCAAAAAGACGACUCGGAAGUCAGUUAUCGUGUACCUGUCGGUAUCAUCAUCGUCAAGCUCAUGAAGCUCCUGCCUCAACAGCAGAUGAGCCAACGGUUGGCUGGUGUCCUCACUGACAUUUGUCACAUUCUGCGAAGCAAGAACUGGGAAUCUCGAGACUUGGCCCGCGACACGUUAGUCGAGAUCGCGAGCAUCCUUGGUGCCCCAUACUUUGGUUUCAUUCUGAAGGAACUGCGCGGCGCUCUGAAGCGAGGCUACCAGCUGCACGUCCUGUCCUACACCAUGCAUUCCAUGCUUCUGAAGGUCAUUCCCGAGUUUGAGCAGGGCGACAUUGACUACUGUCUCCCUUCGAUUGUCACGGUUAUCAUUGAUGAUAUCUUUGGUGUUACCGGUCAGGAGAAGGACGCAGAGGGCUACAUCAGCCAGCUGAAGGAAGUCAAGGCCAGCAAGAGCCAAGAUUCGAUGGAGCUCAUUGCCAAGACUGCGUCCGUGAGCCGCCUGACGGACCUUAUCCACCCUCUCCGGUCGCUCCUACUGCAAAAGGUUAACCUCAAGAUGGUUCGCAAGAUUGACAGUCUCCUGAUGCGCGUCACGACUGGCCUGCUGCAGAACCCCGCCGCCGAAAGCCGCGACACGCUCGUAUUCUGCUACGAAGUUGUGCAGGAUGUCUACAAGAGCCAGAAGCCCGAGGCCGAAGCCAAGAUUGACCCGAGGCUCAAGAAAUACCUGUACCAGAAGGGUGUCAGGAAGAGCGAUCGGGAGGCCAACAGCAAGCACACGUACAAACUCGUCAAAUUUGCGCUUGACAUUCUUCGCGCUGUCUGGAAGAAGUACGAUAGCCUGCGUAACGAAACGAACAUUAGUGGUUUCGUGCCGAUUCUUGGUGACGCGGUCGUCGUGGGUGAGGAUGAUGUCAAGAUUGCCGCUUUCAAGCUGCUCAAUGCCCUGUCCAAGGUGCCGUUCAGCACGGAUGAGGCUACUGGUCUUUACAAGGUUGCGACAAAGGAGGCUACAAAAGCCAUCUCACUCUCGCCGACGACAACCUCUGAACUGUCCCAGUCGGCGCUGAAGCUGUUGUCUGUUGUGCUCCGGGACCGACGCGAUGUCGUGGUCAAGGACGCUGCUAUUGACAUGCUUCUGAGCAAGGUCAAGGAGGACCUAACGGAGCCUUUGUACCGCCACAUCACGUUCAACUUCCUGCGGUCUGUCCUCGACCGCAAGAUUGAGACCGCAAACGUCUAUGACACGCUGGACCAUGUCGGCACGGUCAUGAUCACCAACGACGACAAGGACACACGUGACCUGGCACGGGGCGCCUUCUUCCAGUUCCUACGGGAGUACCCUCAGAAGAAGGCCCGAUGGGCGAAGCAGCUUAACUUUGUGGUCGCCAACCUCAAGUACGACAGAGAGGGCGGCAGGCUGUCUGUCAUGGAGAUUGUCCAUCUCCUGCUGAAGAAGUCUUCCGACGACUUCGUUCAAGAGAUCGCUGCGACCUGCUUCCUGCCUCUCAUCUUCGUCGUCGCCAACGACGACUCGGAAAAGUGUCGUCUGGCCGCCGGCGAGCUCGUCAAGGAAAUCUUCCGCCGCGCCGACAAGGAGCGCAUGCGCAACUUCCUCACGCUUCUCCGUUCCUGGCUCGAGCAGGAGGACAACCCAUCAGUCUUGAGCCUCGCUAUUCAGGCGUUUGGUUUCUUCUUCGAAGCCAGGGAGCCGUCUGAGAAGGACAAGAAGGAACUCAAGCUCGUCGUCGAAAAGGUCUCCGGCAUCGUGGGUGACGGAGAUAUACGCGUGGCGCCCGAGGACCUGGUCAACAAUGCGCUGCACGUCGCGCGGGUUCUGUCCCAGACAUACCCCGAGGAAAUUCUCUCGGCCGACUCGGCCGAACUAUGGGCUGACCUCCGUGGCUGCAUGGCGCACCCCGAACCGUCGGUCAAGCUGAGCGCUGUCAAACUUCUCAGCUCGUUCCUCACAGACUUUGCCGGCGAGGCAGCAGAGGCCGGCGAGGCGCUCAAGGGCUCGUACGGCAUGGAGCUCGAGAGCGACGACGUCGAGGAUCUCGUCAGCUUGGCGCUCGGCACGCUGCGGGCGCCUGAGAUUGAAGAGGCCUUCGCCAACGAGGUGACGCAGAUCCUCAUCUUCCUCGGCCCCCGUCUCCAAGCGCGGACGCGCGACGAGGGCCCGACGGGCGAGGCGCUGGCGGAAGGCGACGAGGAGGAGGCCGAGGAUUCGCGACUCGAGCAGCGCGGCAAGGACCUGCAGUACCUCUUCUGGAAGCUGUCGUCGAUCCUGCGGCAGGACGUCAAGUCGACGUCGAUGGGCAUGGUGCCCAAGGUGGUGGCGAUGGAGGUCCUCGAGACGGUGUGCCGACGGGUGCCGGACGAGAACCUGGCGCCAUCGCUCAAGACGAUCCUGUUCCCGCUGCAGGCCAUCACGGACCCGCACGCGUCGACGCCGUUUUCGCUGGAUGAGGGCUUCAAGACCAAGCACGACGCCCUCAAGACGCGCGCCCAGAUCCUCAUGGAUGCGCUGCAGAAGAAAUUCGGCACGGCCGAGUACACCAAGCAGCUGCUCGCCAUCCGCGAGGAGGUUAAGGCGCGCAGGCAGGCACGCUCGAGCAAGCGCAAGAUCGAGGCCGUGGCGCACCCGGAGAAGUACAGCCGCGACAAGAGGAAGAAGACGGAGAAGAAGAAGAUGCGGAACAAGGUCAAGGGACAGGAGUUCAAGGCAUACCGGCAGGCGUACAAGUCGUGGUGA